UAAGUUUCCCCCUAUUUUCCCACUUCAUUUCAUUUCACUAAACAAUGGAGCAACAAUUUAUUUUCACAGCUUUCACCUUUCUCCUCUCACUUUUCAUCUUUCUAAUAACCAAAAAAAACAAAUCCAAAACCCUAAAUCUGCCAGCCGGUCCACCCGGUUGGCCGGUCAUCGGUAACCUUUUUCAAGUAGCGGGUUCAGGUAAACAGUUUUUCGAAUACAUUAGUGAGCUAAAGCCAAAAUACGGUCCCAUUUUCACACUAAAAAUGGGUUCAAGAACAAUGAUAAUGAUCACUAAUGCUGACUUAGCACAUGAAGCUCUAAUCGAAAAGGGUCAAAUAUUUGCUAGCAGGCCAAAAGAGAACCCUACACGAACCAUAUUCAGUUGCAACAAAUUCACCGUAAAUGCAGCCGUAUAUGGCCCGGUAUGGCGAUCAUUGCGAAAAAACAUGGUGCAAAACAUGUUGAGCGCUAGUAGAUUAAAGGAAUUUCGCGAAUGUAGGGAGAUCGCGAUGGAUAAAUUGAUCGAAAGAAUUCGGGCAGAUGCUAAGGAGAAUAACAACGUUGUUUACGUGCUUAAAAAUGCGCGAUUCGCAGUGUUUUAUAUUCUACUUGCCAUGUGUUUUGGUGUUGAAAUGGAUCAGGAAAUGAUUGAAAAAGUUGAUCAAAUGAUGAAGGAUGUAUUGAUUGUACUUGAUCCAAGGAUAGAUGAUUUUCUUCCAAUGUUGAGCUUAUUUGUUGGUUAUAAACAACGUAAAAAAGUUAAAGAAGUACGUAAGCGGCAAAUCGAAACGCUUGUCCCUCUUGUCGAGAAACGUCGUCACGUUGUACAAAAUCCUGGGUCCGACAAGGCUGCAGCUUCAUUUUCGUACCUAGACACUUUGUUCGAUGUUAAGAUCGAAGGUAGAAAGUCAGGGCCGACGAAUCCAGAGCUUGUAACACUAUGUUCGGAGUUUUUGAACGGUGGGACCGACACUACGGCUACGGCACUAGAGUGGGCCAUAGGGAGAUUGAUCGAAAAUCCAAGCAUACAAAACAAAAUGUACGAAGAGAUCAAAACCAUAGUAGGUGAUAAAAAGGUUGAUGAGAACGAUAUCGAGAGAAUGCCCUACUUAAAUGCCGUCGUAAAGGAACUUUUACGGAAACACCCUCCAACGUAUUUUACACUGACCCAUACAGUAACGGAGCCCGUUAAAUUAGGCGGAUAUGACAUACCUAUGGAUGCAAACGUGGAGUUUUAUGUGCAUGGAAUUUCACACGACCCGAACAUAUGGUCCGACCCGGAUAAGUUUGACCCAGAUAGGUUCUUAUCGGGUCACGAGGACGCGGACAUAACGGGUGUGAAGGGAGUGAAGAUGAUGCCUUUCGGGGUGGGGCGGAGGAUUUGUCCUGGCUUGGGAAUGGCUACGGUACAUGUGAAUUUAAUGUUGGCGCGAAUGGUUCAGGAAUUCGAAUGGUCCGUUUACCCGGAAAAUAGUAAAGUUGAAUUUAGUGAGAAAUUAGAAUUUACUGUGGUGAUGAAAAAUCCAUUAAGAGCUAAAAUUAAGCCAAGAAUGUAAUUAAGUGGUGCUCAUUAUAUUAAGAUUAUAAUAAGUCUAGAUUAUGUAUAUUUUUGGUAUAUGAAAGAAAAUAAGGUGGUCACAUUUUCAAAAUAGUGGGGUAAUAAUAUUCCACCAUUUCAACUUUAUAGCAUAAUUUAUGAAGCUUAUUUCUAUUUA